GUUUUGGAGGUUCGGGCAGUGGUGCGAUGUAGUGAUCGACGAUCGGUUACCGACGGUUAAUGGGAAGUUGGUGUAUAUGCGAUCCACGGAGGAUAACGAGUUCUGGAGUGCACUGCUGGAGAAGGCUUACGCGAAGCUGUUCGGGUCGUACGAGGCGUUGAGGGGUGGAUCAGCUAGUGAAGCGAUGGUAGAUUUUACCGGGGGUAUUGCGGAGUCAUACGAGAUGAAGGACGUCCCGAAGGAUUUGUUCCAGAUCAUCGAGAAAGGGUUCAGGAGUCACGCAAUGUUUGCGUGUAGUUUGGAACCGGAUCCAUUCAAGCCGGAAGCGGAAACUCCUCAGGGAUUGAUUCGGGGGCAUGCUUAUUCGUUGACCAUGGCCAAGAUGGUGGAUAUCCAAACGCCAAAUGUUAAGGGAAAAAUUCCUUUAUUGCGGCUAAGGAAUCCUUGGGGAAAUGCCAACGAGUGGAAUGGAGCGUGGAGCGAUAAAUCUCCGGAAUGGAAAUAUAUUCCGGAAGAAACUAAGCGAGAGAUCGGGUUGAUCUUUGAACUUGACGGAGAGUUCUGGAUGUCUUUUCAGGACUUUGUAAAAUAUUUUGAUCGCAUUGAAAUGUGCAACAUGAGCCCGGAUUGUCCGAUAAUUCGACAGAGCGGAAAUUAUCCCUGGAAACAAUCGGCGUUUGAAGGCGAAUGGGUUAUUGGAAGCACUGCUGGUGGAUGCAGAAACUAUCCUGAUACUUUUUGGCAUAACCCGCAGUACGUUGUACACUUGAAAGAACCUGACAAAGACGAUACCGAAAAGAAAGCAACGGCCAUAAUAGCAUUACUACAGAAAAAUCGAAGAUCUAAGCGCAACAAAGGCAUGGACUGCCUUACCGUAGGACUUAUCAUCUACCGCGUAACGGAACGUGAUCUCAUCCGAAAGCCUCUGCCCAAAGAAUUCUUCCUACGGAAUGCAUCCGUAGCGCGAUCAACUUUCGUGAAUCUACGAGAGGUGACCUGUCGAUUCCGAUUGGAUCCCGGAACCUACGUUGUGAUCCCGUCCACGUUUGAGCCGAAUAUCGAAGGCGAGUUCAUGAUCCGGGUAUUCUCCGAGUGUCCGGACUGCAUGACCGAGAAUGAAGACUGCGUUGGAGAGUGUGACCUGGAUCCACGGGUGGUGCCAGAUAGCAACAACAACGAUGUGCCAGUAGUAGCUCCCGUCAAAAUCCGAAGCCCCGAUCCUACAAAACCAGAUCCGCAACGGCAAGCCAUGGAAAAACUAUUUCUGGACGUCGCUGGUGUCGAUGGUGAAGUUGACUGGAUGGAGCUGAAAAUGGUCUUGGAUCACUGCUUCCGAGAUGACAUCGCCAUUGCGGCUAAAGGAGUGUCUCGAAGCUACCACGUGGCCCCGGUGGAAUCCAAGAAAUCUCUAACGCCUCAAGGCGAGGUCGUGUGCUGUGGUCUGCUGGCCAUUCUGCAGGAUUGGUACGGGAAAAUGGCCGGAGGAGACAAUCGUCCGGCGGGAAGCACUUCCGCAGAUCUGAUGGUGGCCAAGGAACGGGCACCCCUCAUGACCGCCGAAGGCAGCGGCGCCGGUUUCUCCAAAGAUGCCUGCCGCUCGAUGGUGGCCAUGCUCGACGAGGAUCAAUCCGGCAAGCUGGGCUUCGUUGAGUUCCAAAAGCUACUAACGGAAAUCGCCCGCUGGAAAGCGGUGUUCAAACUGUACGAUACCGACCGAUCCGGUCAUCUAAACCCGUUCGAGCUGCGGGCCGCACUUCAGUCCGCUGGCUACCACCUCAACAAUAAGAUUCUCAACAGCCUGAUGCAUCG